CGUCUCCCCUCUCCUUCCUUCCCCUGACAUAAUCGCGGCGUCGGCGGCUGCGGCGGAACCCUCCCGGCGAUCACCGGACUCACCCCGGCAGGCAAAGCAAUGAGGAGGUACAGCCCCCAGUACCGGAGCCCCCCAAGGAGGGGAUAUGGUGGCAGAGGUAGAAGUCCCCCAAGGAGGGGAUAUGGAGGACGGAGGGAGCAGGGUUCAGGAAGCCUCUUGGUCCGCAACAUCCCAUUAAGCUGCAGGCCGGAGGAUCUUAGAGUUCCUUUUGAAAGGUUUGGUCCUGUUCGGGAUGUGUACCUGCCAAAGGAUUAUUACACCAGGGAACCCCGAGGGUUUGCAUUUGUGGAGUUUGUUGACCCUUAUGAUGCAUCUGAUGCACAAUAUCACUUGAACCGCUCAUUAUUUUUUGGCCGAGAGAUAACUGUUGUUGUUGCUGCCGAGUCACGGAAAAGGCCAGAUGAUAUGCGUAAUAGAGCUAGAGUCAGGGGGUAUUCUGGUGAACCUGAAAGGCGUAAUUCUCGUUAUGGGAGGUCCCGUUCCCGUUCACGCUCCUACUCUCCUCGCUAUCGGGGCCGUCCUCGGUCAAGGUCAAGGUCAUACUCUCCUGCUCCAAGACGGCGAGAUGAUUACUCUGCUUCCCCACCAAGAUCACAUCACACACAGUCUCCUAGGCGUCUGCCAAAGGGACAUGAAGAAGACGAGCGGAGAUCCUAUUCUCCUGCUGGUAGAGGUGGCGGCGAGCGUGAUGCUGAUACUAAUGGAAAGAGAAGGUCGCCGCCAUCUGACAUUGACAGGUCGCCUCUACGCUCACGUAGGCACUCCUCGGGGUCACCUGUGGGGUCGCGCUCAAGGUCCCCUGAAGCUUCUCCUGCCCGCAGCGACUGAUAAGAUUGGCGGUGUUACCCGUAUUGCCCCGUCUCCCGUGGCCAUGUACUCUUAUCUAUAGCUUCAUUGUCUGAGUAAAACCCAUCUGGGAUGUGUUGGCUGGUGCUGCGGUGCCUCUUUAGUUAGCAGAUGUGACUUGUUGGCUGCUUGGUGUUGCUGAACCUUGUACCAUUGUAGUGUUUUAUUGUGAACCGAGCCACAACUAAGCCACAAUUGUUAUUGUUGAUUAUGAUACGCUGUGCUAUCGAA